UUAAUUUCUUGUCAAGCCGCUACGGAGUAUCUAAGAUAAUUGUGUCUUCGAUUUUCAUUAAUUUUUACAACGAAAAAUUUUUGUCUUCACUGGUGUAUCAAAUAUUUUUAUUGUAUUGGAUUUAAUUUUAAAUCAAGAAGCAUAAUUUGGUUGUAGUCAAUUAUACUGAAAGAAGAUAAGAUGUCUUUAUUGCCAUAUUUAUUGGAAGAAUUUUCUCGUCCCAUUUUACACGACCAGUACUUUGGCUUAGGACUUUUGGACGAUGAUAUUGUUGUUCCACGGCAUUCUCUUCAACAUGCAGUCCCUUCCAUGACCAGAAGAUAUCAUUCCCCAUGGCGUCUAGUGGCUGCACCCGACAGUGGUCUGUCACGUAUUCAAAAUGACAAAAAUGGGUUCAAGGUGAAUUUGGAUGUUCAACAGUUCAAACCAGAUGAAGUGAAUGUCAAAGUGGUUGAUGAUUAUGUGGUCAUCGAUGGCAAACACGAGGAACGAAGUGACGAACAUGGUUUCAUAUCUCGUCAAUUUACAAGGCGUUACAAAAUUCCAGAAAAUGUUGACCCUAAUGCUAUAACUUCCACAUUGUCUUCUGAUGGUGUUCUCAGCAUUGGUGCACCAAAAAAGACAAUUGAAAAUAACAAGGAGGCAAGAUCAGUUCCAAUAGUUCAUACUAAUCAACCAAGCAUCAAGGUGUCUGACAAAAAAGAGAAAGAUAGUUCUGAAAAAAUGGAAUCUUAAAUUUUUAUUCUGUUUAAAUUCAAUAAUUCCUAAGAUUUUUGAUACAUGUAAUCCUAUUAAGAUUUUUAUUAAAACCUAAAGUAAUAAGAGUUUAGUUAUUAUCUUAUUUUUUAAGAAAAUAUAACGACUGUAACUUUUAAGAUUAAUUUUAGUAGAAUAAAUAUAUAAAUAGUAACAAUA